AUGAUCGCUUGAUUUGCGUGCGCGGUCUCUGUAUUUUAUAUUAAAGAAAAUUAAAAUAGAAGAUAUACAGUAUACAAAGAGGAGAAGACUGAACUUCUGGAUUCGUACUAUCGGCUGAUGUUCCGUCAGAGAAUUUUUAGCGAUAAUUGUUCGUGAAAAAUGGACAUCGAGAUGAGCGGUAGGACGAAUAAACCCAGCGAAGAAUUGGCGAAGAGACGAGUGUCGAUCAGCGACCAAGUCAUUGGGCUUGAUAAUCUUGCCUUUGAACAUCACCGGCGCAUCAGCGCGGGUUCGGAGCACAAUUCAGAUCAGGGCAGGCGGAAGUCGAUCCUGCAUCACGGUGGCAGCCACUGCGACAGUGUGGAGAAUAUUCCGCAAUACAAAUUUGAUCUGGAAAACGGCAGGAUCAACGGUAACAGAAAAAAAUCGGCGUAUAGUCUGUCCAGCUCAAUCAGAGAUAAAAUCGAAUAUUCCGAGGAACUCAAGAGAUCGUGGCUGUAUCUAUUUUGCACGCGAUGUCACGGUCUCGACGACACACCAUCGUGGGAGCCACCGGGAUGGAGGAAAGCAUGCCCACAGCCGUUCUGUCCAACGUACAGAAAAUUCGCUCGAAUUGUGUGCCUCUUUCUUUUGGGUCUAUUGCUCUGGGGUGUCAUUUACUCGAUAAUCGGCAAUGACGCCGCCCCAGGUGGCCAGCUAUUUGGAUUGGCCGUUGUGUGCAUCGCUGCGUAUUUCGGAGGUUGGUUGUUCUCUUUGACCACCCUUCCGGCCUUGAUUGGUAUGCUGAUUACUGGUUUAAUAUUGCAAAAUGUCGGGCUCGUCAAGAUCGAAGGACAAUAUACAUCGGUGGUUUCUAAUCUACGGAAAAUCGCCCUGGUCAUCAUACUUGUCAAAGCAGGCUUGGAUCUCGAUCCGGUUGCUCUAAAAAAGUUAAAAGUAACCGUACCGAAGCUGGGUUUGAUACCGUGGGUAGUGGAAACUAUAGUGAUUGCCGUGUCAACGAAAUAUCUCUUGGAUUUGCCAUGGGUAUGGGGUUUCCUCCUUGGAAGCGUCAUAGCAGCCGUCUCGCCAGCCGUCGUGGUGUCUUGUCUCUUCAGGCUACGUGCAAAGGGUUAUGGAGUUGCCAAGGGUAUUCCGACUCUGAUCAUCGCGAUAUCAGGAAUCGAUGAUGCAGUAUCCGUCGCUGUUUUCAGUAUCGUGAAGAGCGUCAUGUUUUCUCACGAUGCGUUGUGGUACCAAAUCCUUCAGGGGCCCAUCUCGAUUAUCGGCGGUCUGGGAUUCGGUGUCAUGUGGGGCUGGUUGGCCAAAUACGUGCCAGAAAAGGGCGAUCCCUUCAUAGUGCCUCUAAGAGUGCUGAUGUUACUCGGGGGUGGCCUGCUAGCGGUUUUCGGCAGUGAAGCAAUCGAGCUCAGUGGUGCCGGGCCGCUUGCGGUCGUGGCUGCAGCUUUCGUCAGCUGCUACUUUUGGCGACAAGAUGGUUGGGACAUGGACGAUAAUCCGGUGGCUACGUCUUUCGAGAUCUUCUGGAUAAUAUUCGAAUCGAUCUUGUUUGGUUUAACCGGCACACAAAUCAAGAUUAGUGAGCUCGAAGGAAAAACCGUCUACCUUGUACUAGGCUGUUUACUUACCGGUAUUGUUAUUCGUAUUGGAAUAACGGUGUUGCUAGGGAUAGGUUCCAAACUGAAUCUCAAGGAGAAAGUGUUCAUUGCUUUGGCUUUGAUGUCUAAGGCGACCGUGCAGGCCGCUUUGGCACCCGUUACUCUCGACGAAGUCGACAAGAACGAUCAUGAGCAAGUCGAAUACGCCGAGAUCGUACUGAUGACGUGCAUACUCUCGGUACUUUUGACCGCGCCUGCGGGAGCCAUUAUGAUAACAAUCUUGGGACCAAAGCUACUGACGAAGACCACUGUGCCGGUCAGCCCACCGGAAGCUUGGAAAACGCGCAGACCAUCGAUUCGCGACAUUUCAAUCAUCAAUGAGGAUCCGGAUCUGGAGGAAACCGCGAACGAGAGGAAGCCCUGACAAUCGUAUUUAAUUUGCAUUCAAAGCCAAGCUAAUAGAAGUUCAUCCUUAUUCUCCGGCGCCCGGAGUGCCUGAACAUGCCUUUAUUUUAAUUACACGAGGCAC